AUGGUGACAAGUUUUCUGCAAUUGAAGCUGAUUCGGCACCUCAACUAUCCAUGCGGUCAACCAUCUACUAUCGCUGUUGAUCCCAGGAAGAUAAAGUCAGGCGCCACGGCUACAAUAACUGUCUCCGGUUUUGAGAAGAAGGGAGUUAACUGCAUUGAAAGACAAAAGGAGGAGAGUGUGUACAGUCAAGCAGUCAAAACGGGGUCCCUUUGCUGUGUGGCCGCAAGGCCACAUGGAUCGUCCGACAAUGGUCACAAUUGGUCAAGUUUGGGAGAUAAACCCCGUUGGCACACCAAUGAGGGAUAUGUGCCCCCGUUAUCGAGCUCGCACUUGGACCAACUGCAUGGUGAAGACUACGUGGGCACAUCAUCUCGAACGUUUUCUGUUCACAGAAGAUCGUUAUCCUUGAGUGGUCGUGGAAGUAGAAGCUGGAGGAGGGUAGAUGGCAGUAGACUCUAUAACCAUUACCGCACUCCCUCUGGGAGUCUAUAUGGAGGCAGUCCCAACAAUUUUAUAUGGAAUCCUCUUGCUUCAUCCAGUCAUCGUAUUGCUGAUUCGACAACAGCUGAAUCAGAAAUAGUAGCAAGCCCUCUAACCUCGGCACACUCCUCCAAAGCGGAACACAUUCUUACUCGUCCACCUGCAAUAUCAAUAAAAUCCGAGAGCACUUCAUCGUCAUUUCUCAAUGUCACAAAAGCCCCCCCUGCUCCUCACUUAGAGUCUGGUUUACCAUCGUCUUCCCAUGGGAACGACUCCGCGUUAUCUAAGCCCUCAUUCCUGGUGCCUGGCAAUCCUUCACGGAGAGAACAUUAUGAGGGACGUUUUCCUCCGACAGGUCCAGGUCAAGUGCCAUCUUUGGAUGGGCGCUUUUCCUUUCAUCGAUCAAACUCCAGUAGAAGUUCUAGCGCAGGGGGGAGCUCUGACUGGUCAUCGUUCAAUGGCUUUAUGGAAGCGGGAUCCGAUGCACGGCAGGAAUGGUUAAGGGUAUCAAACGCCACGAGUCCAUCUGACUACCACUGGGGUACCAACCGGUCGGAGGAAUAUGAUAGAGGUUCAGGUCAGAUGUGCAUGGAGAAAAUUACCGCACGUAGUUCUCAAUCAACCCCGUCCAGCCCGUGUCCUGAGAAUUGUGGUGUCUGCUCACGGGGACUUACUCAGCGAUCUCCAUGGGCCUCCUCGCGUUUUAUGGGUUUUCACGAAUGCAAUGUAGUUGGGGUUUUGGUUUGUGGCCACACAUAUCAUACUGAAUGCCUCGAGCAGAUUACCCCUGAUAGCUCUCGCCAAGACCCAGCUUGCCCGCGUUGCAGCUCUGGAAAGGUUGCAUCAAAGCAACCGAUUGUGUCUAUGCCCACUCUUAAAUCUGGGACUGUACGAGGAAGCAGCUUCAUGAGCAGGCCAAGCCCGAGAAAUAAACUGUCUAGAAUUGGAGUGCUAGAUGAUACUGUCAGUUUCGGCAAGCCCAGAUUUUCAAUAAGUUCGCCAGGGGAACCUUCCUCUUAAAAAGGGAGUUGCAGAAUGAUGUCCUAAAAGUCCUCACAUACUUCACAUGAAGGCCUACUUUCGUGCGUAUGACUCCGUGCGUGUGACUGGAGCUCAUUUGAACGAGGAAGAUUGGUUGUUGAGAAAAUUUCAGCGGAGAUGGUAUCUCUAAAAGUUGAUGCAGAUUGCGCUUCGAAACGGACGCGUGAGGAUUUUUGGCUUUACCUUUCAUGCAGUUGAUCGUGAACCAUGCUCUGAUUCAUGUUUCUCGGUGUUUUCUGAAUGUGAUUCAAGGUCUGUCGUCAUAAGGAGUGGUGGUUUCCUGCCGAGAAAAACUGCCUUUUGCUUGUUCUUAGUUUAGGGUUGUCAACACCGUUAUUAGAGCAGGCAACAUCUAUUGGAUGCCUUUUCAUCUUGUGAAGUCUUAGGUUACGGAGGGCCAGUUGCAGAGAAAAGUCUCUAAUUGAGUGCUCACAAUGGCUUUGCUUUAAGAUACAAUAAUGUCCAUUACAGAGGGUAUCAUGCCAGGGGUAGUUACAAUGUAUAUACUCCGCUGGGCAUGGCAUUCUUCCUGAUAAAGCCACUGGCUUUCACAUUGUACUAUACUCAACAUUUUGUAAAUACAAUGGCCUUAUGGGAAGCAUAGGCACUUCUUCUCUUUCCUA